AGGCCACGCCCCUGGAUUCCAGGUCCCACCCCGGCCGCCCUGACCCGCCCAUUACCCAUAUCCGGUUCCGCCCCGUUACCAUGGUGAUCGCCGGCGCUCGGACCGGCGGGCAACAGCCUUUCCUAGCGCCCCCAGCUCCCUCUAGGGCCAGGCUCUGGUUGCUAUGGUGAUGGCUCAGGCAGGCCGCCCUGGGACUCUUUCUGCUGCGAGCCCCGCCCGGACCCAGCCCCCGACUUCCAGGAUUCGUCAGAUGCCCUGCAGUCCCGCGUGGCCCUCGUUGCCAUGGUGAUUGCUGCAGCGAACCCAAUCAGACCUGGUGGUGCAGAACCCAGAGCCUCCGCAGCCGCUGCGGAACUCUCUGGAAGGAUGAGGUCUUCCCUGCUGCCUCUGGGGCCCCCUGUGAGCCGGGACCGCAUCAUCGCCAGCUUCCCUAAGUGGUACACGCCUGACGCCUGCCUGCAGCUCAAGGAGCACUUCCACGGGCAGGUCCACGCCGCCUGCCAGCGCCGGAGCACAGGGACUGUCGGGCACAGGAAGUGCCUGGUCAGAUGCUACCUGUUGGGCUUUGGCAUGAGCUGCAGAAAUUCAGAGUAUCACCCCCAGCCCCAGAAUGCCGCUGCGUGGAAUGCAAGACACUCCCGGAGCUCAGCCUCUCCAAGGUGGUGGUGGUCGGUGACCUCUACGUGGGCAAGACCAGCCUCAUCCACAGGUUUUGCAAGAAUGUUUUUGACUGCAACUAUAAGGCCACCAUCGGAGUGGACUUUGAAAUCGAGCGCUUUGAGAUUGCUGGGAUCCCCUACAGCCUCCAGAUCGAUCAUCACAGCCUUUGACCUCACUGAUGUGCAGACUCUGGAACAUACCAGGCAGUGGCUGGAGGAUGCGCUGAGAGAGAACGAGCCAGGCUCCUGCUUCAUAUUCCUCGUGGGAACCAAGAAGGACCUUCUGUCAAGGGCAGCGUGUGAGCAGGCAGAAGUGGAGGCUGUGCACCUGGCCAAGGAGAUGCAGGCUGAGUACUGGUCGGUGUCGGCUAAGACAGGGGAGAACGUGAAGGCCUUCUUCAGCCGUGUGGCCGCCCUGGCGUUCGAGCAGUCGGUGCUGCAACACCUGGAGAGGAGGAGUGGCUCCCAGCCCCAGGUCGGCGAUGGAGACCUCAUACAUAUGGAGGGAAGUCCGUCUGAGAACCAGGAGAGCAAGAGGCCCUCCGGCCCGGGUUGCUGUUAGCUAGGGACGGUGGCAGAGGCCUCCAUCCCCCACAAGUGCACAGGCAGUGCCUUCUGCGCUGUAGAGGGGUGACGUGGAGCCUGCACUCUGCGACGUGCCUGCCCGCACGCCGCUGCAGCACUCAGCCGCUUCUCUGGAGCAGGUCAGGAGCCGGGAAAGGCCCUCACCGCCUACCCAGGGCCCCCACACUGCCCAGCGCCUGGGGGCCAGUGGUGGGAUCUGGAAAGCCGUCUCAUCUCCGGUCACCAGUCCACCUGGCCUCGAGAGGCCUCGGACUGCGAACAGAGGACACUUGUGCCCCACGGCCCCCAUGCCUGGCCCGCAGCGCACGUCAGCACUCCGCCCAGGCGCUCUUCCUCAGCUUUCCUGCGUCGGCCUCCAGCGCCUUCUGAUCUCAGCGGUCCAGGUGUGCAGGACUUGUCGGAGUCGGCACUCACCUGCCCUCCCCACCCGGGACUUGGAUGUUUGCAACAGGACCCGCAGUUCCAGUCUCCCUGUCUGCUGGCCCUCUGCCACAGUCUCGCAGGGCCCCUGGGUAGCCUUGCCUCUCUGGAGGAGAGUGGGUGAGAAGGCCUCUCUGGCCCCUUCUGGUCAAGGGUCCAUCUCCACUACUCCUUGAUCCUCGGGGUCCUGCCCUCCGGUCAGUGGGCAAGGACCAGCAGAACAGGCCACUCACAUUCCUCUGGCCCACCUGGACAGUGAAUUUCUCCAACUGAGCUGCAGGAAAAUGACCGCCCAGCUGCCCCUGGGGUGACUCACUGCAACCCCCACUGAGCAUGGCACUUCCCUGCUCUGCCUGUAGCACCAGUCCCCUAAACUCUGCUGGGUGAGUGCCCACUGUCGCUCCCGCUGCCCCUCUCUCCCACCAGCCUGGGAACAAGGAAGUGCUGGGCUCGCUCCUCAGGACCUUUGUGAUGGCGUCGCCUUGUCCUUGGAGGACAUGAGGCCCUGCAGAGUCGAGCGUGCUCCUGUCUCCACCAGCUCUCCCACACACCCAGACGGGCUGGAACAGCACGGCCCCGGGGUGCCCCGUCCUCUGCAUGCCCUCCUGUUGCCCCUCCAUGGGGGCCAUUGACUGCCCCUCACCCCCCUCACACUCCCACAGCCCUAGGUGUGUGCCCACUCGUCCCCGCCCACCUUGCGCUGUGGGCAGGUCAGCACGUGCAGACACACCUCACCCACUUCUCGCAGAUGGCCAGCGUUCUGUGGGCAGCCACUCUGGUUGGUGCUGUCGCCCAGCACCGGGACGGUGCCCGGCAUACCACAGGCACUCACCGCCACUGCCAGACAUCAGUGGGGGAGGACGCUGGCAGUUUUUUCUGUUUAUUCCCCCUUUGCCACGUACUUAGCACUCAUUUUUAUAGAUAUAAAAUACUUCUUUGUAUAAAUCACUCUUAAAGGAA